CGGCGGGUCUGUCCGUUGGACGUCUGGACGGACAUAGACUCAGACCAGGGGCCAACGUUAAUUCAUCCUCCGCUCUUAGAAUCGGACUUUCAUUAAUAAUUUAAUAAAUCAUGACGCUUAAAGGGGCUGUGUUGGGUGAGCCUCGGGUCCAACUUUGGUGAUUUAACCAUGGUAACUAAAAGGAAGAGGGCUUCGGCGACCACAUAAAGUCAGUUGACAAACUGUGGCGGACGUUAACGGAAGAAUGGACGGAGUGAAAACUGGCCCUCAACAGGACUGAACCUCCCGCCCGGGUCUCCUCGGGCUCCAUGUCACCCUCCUCUCCGUGCCAGAUGCCCCAGCGGGGCGAUGGCUGCUACAAGCCGGCACCGGUGUCCCCUGCUCCGCCUGUGCCCCCGCGGAGGGUCCGGAGCCGGGACAGAGGCUCGGGCAGGACGCGGCGAUCCGCGGCAGGGUCAACGGGAGCCGGAGCAGCGGAGAAGCGGGUGAAGUGCGUCCUGGUCGGGGACGGGGCUGUGGGGAAAACCAGCCUGGUGGUCAGCUACACCACCAACGGCUAUCCAACCGAGUACGUCCCGACUGCGUUUGACAACUUCUCAGCGGUGGUAUCAGUGGACGGGCAGCCAGUUAAACUACAACUCUGUGACACAGCUGGACAGGAUGAGUUCGACAAGCUGCGCCCUCUGUGUUACACCAGUGCAGAUGUUUUCCUGCUGUGCUUCAGCGUCGUCAGCCCCGCCUCAUUUCAGAAUGUUCCUGAGAAGUGGGUACCAGAGAUUCGGAAACACGCCCCCUUUGCACCGCUGGUUCUUGUCGGGACGCAGUGUGACCUCAGAGAGGAUGUCAAGGUCCUCAUUGAUCUGGCGAAGUACCGUGAAAGACCUGUGGACCCAGUGGAUGCCCAGGACUGUGCGAUGGAGAUUGGAGCUGUGGCCUACUUAGAGUGCUCUUCACUGACCCAAAAAAAUCUCAAGGAAGUGUUUGACACAGCCAUAUUGGCCAGCCUGCAGAACUACAGCUCCCAUAAGCACCAAAGGGGGAAAAAGAAACGCAGAAAAAAGCAAAGACAGACACCGGACAAGAUGAAAAGCCUGUCAAAGUCGUGGUGGAGAAGGUACUGCUGUGUGGCCUAGAGGAGACUUUAUUCUUGUCUGAUUCAGCUGCGUUUUAGUUGACAAGCACAGAAAGGUGGUUUUCUCUUUAAAAGGAGAAGGAUACAGGACCUCUCCUGGACUGCGGCUGGGAAGUGUCACAGAUGUAAAAUAUUUUGUUUUUAGCCCUCAUUGUGGAUGAGAUUUACUACUGAGCCUCCCUGCAGGAGAAGGUGGUGCUGUGUCUCCUGGAAUUAAACUGGCAUGAACCAGUUCUAUUGUGGGACUAGCAGAAGAUGUGAUAAUAUUGUUCAGGAUUAGACUGGUACAGAUUUGAACAGGAACUUGGAACUGUGUUUUCUCUGGAGUUAGAUCCAACCUAUAAUGGAUUUAUGCAGCCUGGUUACGUACCCUGGAGGGGAACUGGACUGUCUUCAGAAUAUAAUUGUUAUUAUUGGUGGCUUAAAAACUGUGCGUCCAAUUCCUUGUCCUUUUUUUUUUAACUUGCUUCUAAAUUUAGUCUGGUUUCAGAUGCCCAUGAUUAGAAAGAACUGUUGACUGAAAUAGACCAGACCAGACCAAACGCUGUCAUUUUGGAGUUUCUGACCCAGACAAUGAUCAGUGGAUAUAAUUAUAGUCAGAACAAGUCCAACCCUCAGUUAAUUUUAGAGCUGCUUUUUAUAACUGGGGCCAUUGUUAUUCAUAAUGAAAAAAAAAAAACACUUUAUUAAGCUGUUAAGUGUUUCCUGGUCACACAUAUGUUUUGUCUAUAACCUGGAUCAGGGUUUCCCCUUUUAUUGUAGUGCUGAUCUGGACAAUUAUGCUUUUAGGUCUGGCAUGAAAUUGAGCGUAGUUUUCUGCAUGUCCUGACCGCAAAAGGUUUGGUGAGGCUUCAGCUUUGAUCAAAAGUGAGAUUUCAAAGAAUAAGGAGCCAGAUAAUGAAAAAAAAAUGUUAUAAAACAUGUCUGAAUAUCCGCUGCUCUCUAACAGCAAGCUGUGUCUUUAGUCAAGAAGAUACAACCUGGAUCCAGGACUCAGUGACCCACUUUGGGUUUCCACUGGUAGCUGUGGUAUUUUAUCAUCUUCAUCUAGCCCCCAUUAUUACUGAAAGACUGAACAAUCUGUGAAAAUAGAGUGGUACCAGUGUGGUGUGGUUAAAUAUAAAUCUCUGCACUGUGCUGGUGACUGGUGCUUGACCUUAAUCGGGCAGGAGGACAUUUUGUAAUUCAUGAUCGCAUUGUUCCACAAACGAGAACGUUGCUCAGUGCGGUACUCAAGUGGCUCUUUUCACAUGGAAAUGAAGAAUUCAGUUUAAAACCGAGACAUUCGAAUCUAAAUCAUCUACAGGCACAAGCUGCAAGGCAGGCAAAUAACAGCAGAUUGAUGUUAGAUAUUUGUUCUGCUUGAUGUGGGUUUGAUUUAUCUUUGCAGACACUUAAACAACCUUAACUAUGAGCACGUAAUGUAAUUAAACCAACCCAGUGCUCUUUGCAUGUGUUUGUUUCUGUAGGUUUGCAAAAAAGAAAAAAAUGAAGAUGACUUCAUCUUUUCUCUUCAAUGCAAUUAGGACUGUGAAGUUUGAAUUUUGUACUAGCAAUGUUAACCAUUAUCCGCUUUUCUGCCCUCACUGUUAUAGCCAACCCUGUGUUUACUGUUUUCUGUGAUAGUGCCUGCAGGCUGUCCUCUCUCAAAUAGAUGUAGCUUUAUGUGUUGUAAAGCAGCAAUAAAAACAAAAGUGAAGAUGGAAAACAUGUGGCUGUCACACACUCAGCUGCCACACCUUCCUUCGUACACCAUAGUUACUAAACCGAGAGCACAGACCAGCAGGAUCUGUUUUAUUUUUCUUCAGUGUCUCCGUCUAAAAAGGCUCAUUGUAUUAGAGUCACUGCAGCAGACAGGAAAGGGCGCAAUGUUUGUUAUGCCAUUUUGUAGCAUAAAACACAAUUAUUCAUAGAGAUCAGACAUGAACACUGAGAACACUGUCACAGCUGGAUUUUAAAAUUUGGAAGUUUUAGCUCACUUCCUAGUUAAAUGUCAGAAUUUAUUGGAAAAAAGAUAAAACUAUGAAGUUAAAACUGCUAUAUUAUGAAGAACAGAUUUAUUAUUUUACUGAUGUAUUUCAGCUUGUGCCCUUCAUGAAAAAUAUUACAGACAAGAUUCUAAACAGCAUAGAGUAAAGAGUAGAGUAGAGUAAAAAUAUAUACAAGAGCCAGCAUACAUAUCCACCAAUGAGGCACCAAAAAGGAUGGCCUGGGCAAAUGGUUUAAAGCUCAGGGUCUUAAAAUUGUUUAAAAGAUUUGAUUUAAUGACAUAUUUUGUUCCUUGUAUUGUUAGUGACAGUAAUAAUUGAGGCUAUGGAUGUGUGAAGUUACAAUGACAUCAGGGCCAUGUAAGAUGUAACUGACAGGUAUUCUGGCUUUUAAGUGUGGUGUGAAAACCUUGUACAGUUCUCAGAAAUAAGCAUUUUCCCCCAAAGAACUACACCUCAUCACAUUUUCUAAUCUGUGGCUGCUGGGUUCUAGCCUCAGCCUGUGGGCUUACAGGAUCUGACGUCAUUAUUUGAAACUGGCCAUGUUUAAUAUGAGCAUCCAUAAGUGUAACAGUAGAUGUAUAACAGAAAAUAAGGAAAAGUAAAACAGAUCAGCUUUAGAAAGGGUUUUACUGGAGCUGCUUGGUAGCUUUCUAUUGAAGAUGUUACAGUGGUGACUGAAUGGUUUCACUGUUUCACGGUGUUUUAGGCUUGAUAGCAAACGCAUUGUUUCUUGCAGGGGAAAAGGCAUAAUAGGUUACUUGUCUUGCUGUUUGUGUGCAGUCUUGGCUGAUGGUGCAGUAAAGUAGGCUAAAGGUCAUGCAGAGUCUUUAUCAUAGCUUGUGUUUCCCUUCAUCAGCUUUUACCUAGUUUAACAUUUCUGGAAAGCAGGAUGUUUGCUCACUGCAGUCUUUCAGUAAAUAUUAUUAUUUUUUAAUUUAUACCUACUGAAAUACAUUAAAUCAACAUAUUCUUACAUAGGUCUGAGUUGGAUUUCAGGGUAAAUCGUCCUUGAUGGUUUUUCCUCCUCAUACAUUAAAAUGUGACUCCAUAAAGCAUGCAAAUUUUGCCACUCUGUUCAUGACUGCCUGAUUAAUAGGAUAUUACAAUUCAAACUGCUGUCAUGUGAUCCAACUUUUAAUGUGUAAGACUAUGACUGUGCUACCAGAAAACAGCAUAGAUUAAGUUUACUCCUUUUAGCUGCCCCCCCCCCCCCGGCAUUCACCCUGCACUGUAUGAUGGAUGUAAGGCUUUGCAAUGUAGAACAGAUCGGUCUCUGGAAGUGAACAGUGUUUAAAGACAGUCAGAGAAGAUGUGUGCUGGUAUUCUUCUAAAGCUAAGACAGAAAUGUUCUGUGUUUGGAGCAGGUCCAAAGUCAGGAGUUUUAUUGGUGUUAUUGAGCUAUGAGUUUUCAGAGAUGUGGCUGACUUUAGCUAUUGCAGUAGAUUUGGUGCUGGAACUGGAUUCCAGAGUGACCUAAUUAUCCCUGUUGAGGACAUUUAUCAAUAAGUAACUUAUGUAGUGCUAUUGGAUAGCAAGUUAAAGUCAUCCAAUAGGAAAAUGUUUGAGUCAGAGUAGAACAAGAACUGAUCCUCUGUUUACUUUAGGUCUAAAUGUGCAACUUCAUGCACAUUUAGACCUAACUGGGCACUAAAUGCCCAUGUUGACCUAAUUCCUGAUUGCACAAGACUGCCCCACGUGGUUUUGUGAGUGUAAACAGAAGCAUUGCCAACAGAAGGUCUCAUUUUUGAGGUUCGAUUGUUUUACUGAGGUUGAUACCCCCUAGAGGACACCUGAGCUCACUCACAUGAGACACCAGCUGAAAGCGUUUCUUAGGAAACCAGUCCACUGAGCCUGUGUGAAGCGCCAGUGUUUUCAUUUUCUCUGCAUAUAAAAACACUGCUGCAAUUCUCUGUUUAACCGAGGGCUUUGGGUUGUGUUUGAUAUAUUUGUACAGACGUUUUAUACCCUGAGAAAUAAAGAAUAUUUGGUAUAAAAA